AUCACUAUCGUCGCCAAUAUGGAAGUGAAACGUAUGUCAACUACUGCGCGACCAAACAACUAGGAAAUAAAUAACUCAAAAAUACUUUCUAUUAUUUAACUUGCUAGUUAUAAUGUCGAGUGUUGGCCGCGGGCGAGGGUACACCGGUCGGCAUCACUUGCGGGAGCCCCGCCCUGGGGACGACGCGGACUCGGACGCCGCCAGGACACUGGCCGAAUUGAGCCCCAGAUCUACUGACCCAACUAGAAUGGAAGUGAAGCGCGACGGACCGGCGUUGGAGCCCGACAAGGAGACUCCAGACAAGGAGGCGCCGGAAGAGGACAGCUCGCUCAAAGACAUGCUCCGAGUCGACGACCAAUAUGUACCACUGUUGACCCUGUUGGAGCAGUUCUCCCCUGGCGAGGACGGCAUCCAGUUCAACCGGAAGCUGCGGCACUUCGAGACCACCGUCUGCUCCAUGUGUCCGGACGAGACCCGCCUGCAGCAAGCAUUCAGCACAUUCCGCGCCGCAGCCCUGCUGAACCCGGUCACAGCCCGCAAGCUGGCAGCCGUCGGAGCCUCCUUCACCCGUCAGCAGCGACAGCAGCUGCUGCGAGCUGAACUCCUCAAUGUGGUCAUGCAGGGGACCUUCUCCAAACUAGAUGUACUGGAACGCUCAAAUCCAUUAUUUUUAAUAAACGCUGCAAACCUCAUGGGAGACUAUUUUGCAGAGGCUCGUCUCUGCAACGGCAACAAGGUGCAUAUCCUGGCGAGUCCGCUGCUGCAGUACAUGCGAGCGCUGCUCGCCAGUGACGACAUACGGGCACACCGCAGUCUCGCUACACAGUUAAUGCAGAACGGUCGCGAACUCCUCUCUGUGCUCGCUCAGGAACUAGACGAGUUAUCCAUCUCCAUCCGCCUCCGACUCCUCUCCCCCCCUCCCGUCAGCACCAUCUGGCUGCUCCUCUCCGCAGACCUGUGCCUCAACAAGUUCCUCCCCCUCCCCAACACCCUCCAACAGUUCUACGCGGCACAUCUUGAGCUCACCACAGAGGAAAACUUCAGCGAAGUCUCCUACGGCUCCUGGAAGAAAUCCCCAGAAAAAGAUGACUUCAGAAGUGAGACCACUGAAAUCGCUGAAAAAGUCAGCCAAAAUAUAUCUCAGAUAAGCCUUAAUAAUAAUGAAGAUACCAAGCCUAAGUUGAGGCCGAUUUUAGGAGCCGGCGCUGGGCUGUUACGACAAGAACAGGCCUUGUCUGUCAGUCAAGAUAAUUUUGAAACUUGGACGGCCAAAAAUAAUUUGAACAAGAGAUAUGACUUGAACUCUUGGCGGCAGCAAGAAGAAGAGAAGAAAGAAGAGAUUGAGUUCAACCAGACUGUGUUACCUAAUGUACAAAACUUCCCCGUACCCGACUACCCGCCGCCGAAUCACAGAUUCAACUACCCAGAAAACUUUGUGAACUACCUACAACAAGGGGAUGGGACGUAUAUACAAAAUCAGUACACAAAUGUAGCCUUUAACCAGCAAGGGGGUGAUACUUUCCAGUCAUUCCCGGAAAGGACCCCCUCGAAUUCCGAAAGACCCCCUGUCGUUGAACGGGUUAACGAAAGGACCCCUGUCCCAACAAUGCCAGAGAGGGUUAACAAUGAAAUACAGAAAAACAGCAGUCGAAGACCCGUAGAGAAUUGGAGAAAAGAGAAAAAUGAUGUUAAAGACGACCCCAACAGGAAUAGACAGCGGAAUUGGACUCGACAGAAGUCCAAAGACAAUGUUAGUGAAGAUGAGGAUAAAGAGAAAUAUAAGGAUCGGUCUACAUCCAGAAAUAGGGAUGGUAGAGCCCGGAUGAACAGGAGAAGCAGUGGGGAGGAGGAAGGUCAGGCAAAGACACCUCCUCGCAGACAUGUGACCGAGGUCCCAAGGAACCACAAAUAUUGGGACCAUGAUGACCGAUGUGAUAAGGAUUAUAAUAGUUAGUACGAGAAUUUGUAAGCGGUGAGCGUUCUGUGGCAAGUAGACGAAUUGGUGGUACGAGGCCUUUUAGACCCCCUAAAAAUUCAAGACCCCCUAAGUUGUAGGGGUAAAAGUGUUAGUGCAGUGUUUUUGAGUGGAUUUUGAAAAUGUUGUCUCGAGUUUGUUGCCAAAAUUUUUGGUUCUUUUUACCACUGCCAUUGUGAAAGUUUAAUUUUAAUAAUAUUUAUUUUCGCACUGCCAAAAUUGCCCCAAAUUAAGGUAUGGUUCUAAAAAAAUGGGGAUAUUUUUGAAGAAAAGUCAGGUAACUACCAAAAAUACUGUAUUGAACAUACAAUUUUAUUUUUAAGGGGUCUUAUAGCCAAAAUUAUAUUGCAAACGCCACCUAUAUUAAAAAAUAAACUUAAAUAUGGACUUUACUAACCAAAAUUGGGAUUAAAAUAGUGAAAUUUAAAGUGACAAAAGACACUAGUGACUUAGUGACAAAAAGUGGAUGCCAGUUGAAAAUUUUAGUGUUAAAAAAGUACCGUCUUUACUAUUUCUCUUUAUAAACUUAUGUAUAAGAUUAGUUCAAAUUUUAACUGUAAUAAUCGAAUAGAUAGUUUAUAUCGAGAUAUAGUUAAAUAGGUAUUUAGUGUACUUAUUUUGUUUUGGUAUAAAACGAACCGAUAAUUUUUUUGUCCGAUUUUUUACUUAGAUAAAUUGGAAAGUGAAAUAAAUUUUUUUAUUGAUAAUUUUGACAUUAGUGUAUAGUUUAGACAUUAGUCCAUAAUAUAUCGGGUGUGUCGUACCUAAUGAAAUUAAAUAAAAUACGUUAAUAUACUGGUUAAUAUAUGUCGAUUAACACAAAGAAAAAGA